UCCUCGUGUCUGUCCCAAAGCAUACACACUCACACACUCACACUCGAGCUUCAUCUUCUUCACUCCGCAAUCCAGAAUCACGAUCCCACACUCACUCGAUACACCAAACGGAACCACAUUGAUUACUACCUUCCUCACUUGCCAAUCUUUAUGUUCCAAUGCGCUUCUGAAUCGUUAAGGAACCGAGAAUAACAGCUUCUCGGUUCCUGGUCCCUCCUCUGUCGCAGGUUCAUGAGAGAAGGAGACGAUGGAUGCUUCGUUUUUCGGUAUUAAGCUCCGUGCUUCUUUGGAAGGUAACAACACUAUCAAAACGGCUUUCCCGAGAAGCAGAAGUUGCACUGUUUCUGCAAAACAUGGUUGUUACCCAUUAAGGCAAGCUUUUAGAUUUUAUGGAAAAAAUGUAGACUUGUUGAGGAAACACAAUAUUGGUGCAAGUGGGUCGAGGUUGAAGUGUUUCAAGGAAAAGGAACCACAACCACCCUUUUCUCUCAGUGUGAGUUAUUUCAUCAAAAUGUGGAAAGAGGGGCUUCUUUUGAUGAGGGCCUCUGUGUACUCUGUUGUUAUCUCUGGUGUGUGUCUGUUGGUUUGGUUUGGAAGGAACAAAGCCAAGGGUUUUGUUGAAACUAAUCUUCUGCCUUCAGUUUGUUCAGCGAUCAGUGAGUAUGUUCAGCGUGAUGUUCGCUUUGGCAAGGUUGUAAGAAUCUCGCCCUUGAGUGUAACGUUGGAGUCAUGUUCAUUUGGGCCACAUGAAGAGGAAUUUUCUUGUGGUGAGGCUCCCACUGUGAAGGUUCGUUUUCGCCCUCUUGCGAGUCUGUGGAGGGGGAAGUUUGUGUUUGAUGCAGUUUUGUCGCAUCCGUGUGUAUUGGUAGUUCAGAAGAAGGACUAUAGUUGGUUAGGGAUACCGUCGUUUCAAGGGUGCAAUCAGAGGUGCAUGUCAAGUGAAGAAAGACUUGAUCAUCGCACUAGAGUGAGGAGGGUUGCGCGAGAGGCGGCGGCGGCUAAACAUGUGAGAGAAAGGGAUGAUGCAGCUAGGGAAGCUGCAGAGAUUGGUUACUUUGUUUCUGAGAAGAAUUGUGGUCCAUCCAAGGGUGAUGAUGGUUCAAAGGAAAUUGCAAGUCAUUCUUUGAGAGGAACAAAUUCUAACUCAUUUUUCUGCACGAAUGAGGGGAAACAUGGUCACCGUUGUGUGGAAACAGGUGUUGAUUAUGAUAUGAAACAUGCUGACUUGGAGAAGUCAUUUGGAGGGAAUUUCCCUGCAAAAGGACUUAAGUUCUGGUCCAGAGUCAUAAAAGGGCAUAGAAAACAAAGAUUUAAGAGGAAGGCUAAAAGGAGCGACAUCAGUGCAUCUGGUGUUGCUCUCAGAAAAAGAAUUCUUGAACGCAGUGGAUUUGCAGCAAAUGCAUACUUUCGCAGUCAAUCACAUGGGAAGUUUGAGCAGCCUUCGUCAUCUUCUGGAUGUUUUCAUUCUAGAGAUCAAGAUAUUCAUUCGGUAAAAAGUGAUGUUGACAAAAAUGAUGUACCUGUUGCCAGUGGUGAUGAUAAUGGGAAUGAUGAUAACCAAAAUGAAACAGAAUUAGAUCUGGGAAUCAGGUCUCCUACGCUAAAUGAAAAUAUUAAUGGUCAUUCAAAUGCUUUAAAAAUUUUCAGUGAUCUGCCUUCACAGACAAGGGAGAAUAAAAAUGAAAAUUUACAAUCUAGUGAGGAUGUUGUAGAACAUGCCAAUGCUAAUAGUAGUACAGAGAAAAAGGAGGAAUUGGGACUUCAUGUUGCACAAAGUCCAGCUGAUGUUAGUGCAACUGGGGACCAAAGAGAUUUGGUUUCUGUGAAGCCUAGGCAUCAAUUGGUAACAUAUUUUCAAGUUCAGUUUGAGGCCUUGAUUACAAAAUUUACCUUAACCUCGUUUUUUAGAAACAUUGAGGGGUUGACAUCUUUCUUCCUUUCUGGCCCCGUUGAAAAGUUGAAGUCUGAAAUGGGUCUGAAAGUUAAAGAUAUUGUUGCAGAAAAUGUAGAUGGGGUGGAUGUUCUGCAGUCUGAAGGCCCAACUAAGAUUCUUCCAGUUACAUUGGAUUCUGUUCAUUUUAGAGGUGCAACUGUGAUGUUACUUGCAUAUGGUGACAGGGAAGUUAGGGUAGUGGAGAAUGCCAAUGGCCAUGUGAAGUUUCAUAAUCACUACAACCGUAUAAAUGUAAAAAUGAGUGGAAAUUGUAAGACUUGGAGGUCAGAUGAUAUAUAUGAAGGUGAUGGCUGGUUGUCUGUGAAUGUUUUUGUUGACACUGUUGAGCAGAAAUGGCAUGCUAAUUUGAAAAUUGACCAUCUUUUUGUCCCGCUGUUUGAAAGGAUCCUAGACAUUCCAAUUACAUGGUCUAAAGGGAGGGCCAGUGGUGAGGUCCAUUUGUGCAUGUUAAAUGGUGAAUCUUUUCCUAAUCUUCAUGGACAGCUUGACGUAACAGGGUUGAACUUCCAACUGUCAGAUGCUCCAUCGUGUUUUUCUAACAUAUCUGGAAAUUUAUGUUUUCGUGGUCAAACAAUAGUUUUACACAAUGCAAGUGGCUGGUUUGGCAGCAUUCCUCUAGAAGCAUCAGGAGAUUUUGGCAUUAAUCCUGAGGAAGGAGAAUUUCAUCUUCUGUGUCAGGUUCCGAGUGUUGAAGUGAAUGCUUUGAUGAGAACUUUCAAUAUGAGAUCUCUCUUGUUUCCACUAGCAGGAUCAAUAACUUCCCUGUUUAAUUGUCAAGGCCCACUGCAUACUCCUAUAUUUGUGGGAACUGGAAUGGUUUCUAGGUCAUUCUCUUCUUUGAAAGCUGAUUCUCCUACAACUGUAGCAUCUGAAGCACUUGCUAAAAGUAAGGAGGCUGGAGCAUUGGCAGCAUUUGACCGCGUACCUUUAUCGCACGUAUCUGCCAAUUUCACUUUCAACACUGAUAACUGUAUUGCUGAUUUGUAUGGAAUUAGGGCGAGCCUUGUGGAUGGUGGUGAAAUUCGAGGGUCUGGGACUGUAUGGAUAUGCUCAGAGGCUGAGGAUGAUGAGACAGCAAUAGAUGCAAGCUUCUCUGGAAGUUUGGCCUUUGAAAAAAUUAUGUGUCACUAUAUUCCCAGUUAUCAUCGUUUGAUGCCACUCAAAUUUGGAGUUUUAAAUAAAAACACAAAACUUUCCGGAUCUCUUUUUAGACCGAGGUUUGAUAUAAAAUGGACUGCACGGACAGAAGAAGGGUCUUUUACUGAUGCUAGAGGAGAUAUCAUAAUCUCACAUGAUUUCAUUACGGUUAAUUGCGCUUCAGCUGAAUUUGAUUUGUAUACGAAAGUUCAAACAUCUUAUUCUGAUGAUUUUUCUCUUAAAAGAGUAGAGUUUUAUGCACCGAGAGCCAUUACAUUUACUGUUGAUGGAGUUGAGUUUGAUUUGCACAUGCGUGAAUUUGAAUUCUUUAGUUUGGUUACUACUUAUACAUUCGAUUUUCCAAGACCUUUGGUUUUGAAAGCAACUGGAAGAAUCAAGUUUCAGGGAAAGGUUUUAAAACCUAGUACCACUACUAUUGAGCAAAAUUUUGACAAGAACAAGCAGCAUGUUCAAAUGUUGGAGAAAGGAGGUGUAGAUAGUCUUGUUGGCAAGGUUUCAAUCUCUGGUCUCAAACUGAAUCAAUUGAUGCUCGCUCCUCAAUUGUCUGGGUUGUUGAGCGUUUCUCCUGAGUGUAUCAAGUUGAAUGCCUCUGGUAGGUCUGAUGAAAGUCUUGUGAUGAAUUUUGUGGGGCCACUACAGCUUAGUGGUGAAACUGGUAUGAAAAGUGGACAAGUGUUGUCCAUUUCCCUUCAGAAGGGGAAGUUGAGGGCUAAUGUGAAUUUUCAACCAGGUCAUUCAACAACUAGCUUGGAGGUAUGGCAUUUUCCAAUUGAUGAACUGGAGCUUGCUUCCCUCAGGGGAACUAUACAGAGAGCAGAAAUCCAGCAUAAUCUUCAAAAAAGAAGAGGACAUGGAAUCUUAUCUGUACUUCGGCCAAAGUUCAGUGGAGUGCUUGGUGAAGUCCUUGAUGUGGCUGCUAGGUGGAGUGGAGAUGUUAUCACUAUUGAGAAAACUGUUUUGGAACAAAGCCACAGUUAUUAUGAAAUUCAAGGUGAAUAUGUACUACCUGGCACCCGAGAUCAUAACCCUAUUGGCAUGAAAGGGGAUGAAUUUUUAAAAAGAUUCUUGUCUGGGCAUCUUGGUAGUGUUAUAUCCUCAAUGGGCAGGUGGAGAAUGAAACUUGAAGUUCGCAGAGCUGAGGUUGCUGAGAUGCUUCCUCUUGCAAGGCUUCUUUCUCGAAGUAUGGAUCCUGCUGUCCUUUCAAGAUCGAAGGAUUUUUUUAUUCAAAGUUUGCAGUCAAAGGGAUUAUAUUCUUCGAGCACCCAACAACUGCUUGAGUUAAUAAGGGGGCAUCAUGUUCCGUCAAAUGAUGUUCUUGAAGAUUUGAGCCUUCCUGGUUUACUUGAACUUAAAGGUCACUGGCAUGGCUCUCUCAAUGCCAGUGGUGGAGGGAAUGGAGACACCCUGGCAGAAUUUGACUUACAUGGGGAGGAUUGGGAGUUGGGGGAACACAAAACUCAGCGUAUCUUGGCACUUGGUACUUGUAGUAAUGAUGAUGGUCUGCACCUGAAGAAGUUUUUUAUCCAGAAGGAUAAUGCCACAAUUCAUGCUGAUGGAACUUUGUUAGGACCUAAAACCAACCUUCAUUUUUCUGUCCUAAAUUUUCCUGUUGGUCUGAUCCCAACAGUAGUUCAGAUCAUCAACUCUACAGCAACGGAUGUUGUUCAUUAUAUGCGGCAAUUGUUAGCACCCAUUAGGGGGAUCUUGCAUAUGGAAGGAGAUCUUAGAGGAAGUUUAGAAAAACCAGAAUGUAAUGCUCAAAUAAGGCUCCUUGAUUGUGCCAUUGGUGGAAUUGUUCUUGAACGAGCAGAAGUUGCUGCCUCUCUAACCUCAACUAGUCGUUUUCUAUUCAAUGCGAAAUUCGAACCUUUUAUCCAGCAUGGUCAUGUACUAAUUCAAGGAGCUAUUCCAGUUACUUCUUUUCGAAGUAACAUGUUACAGCGAGAUGUAGAAUUAGAUGAGAGUUGGGCUACUUGGGUUCCUGAAUGGGUGAAAAAGAACAAAGGGACCACCAAUGAUUCUAGAGACAAAAAAGUUUAUAGACACAGAAAUAAAGAAGGUUGGAAUACUCAAUUAGCGGAGAGCCUUAAAGGUUUAAAUUGGCAAAUUUUAGAUGUUAGAGAAGUCAGGGUUGAUGUUGACAUAAAAGAUGGGGGAAUGAUGCUGGUAACAGCUUUAUUUCCUUAUGCCAAGUGGCUUCAUGGCAAUGCUGAUAUCAUGCUCGAGGUCCGAGGUACAGUUGAUCAACCACUUCUUAAUGGAUAUGCAUCAUUCCAUAGAGCCUCUAUAUCCUCACCUGUGUUCCGAAAUCCACUGACCAACUUUGGUGGAACUGUGCACAUGAAAUCAAACAGGUUAUCCAUUGCUUCACUGGAAAGUAGGCUAGGCAGAAAAGGAAAGCUGCUUGUUAAAGGGAACCUUCCUCUCAGAACUAAGGAAGUAGACCUCAGUGACAAGAUUGAAUUUAAGUGUGAAGUUCUAGAAGUGCAGGCAAAAAAUAUUUUAAGUGGCCAAGUCAACUCCCAGGUGCAAAUAACUAGUUCCGUAUUGCAACCUAACAUUUCCGGAAAUAUUAAACUUAGUCAUGGAGAAGUAUAUUUGCCGCAUAAUAAGGGUGGUGCUUCUUCUAAUAGAUUCCCAUCAUAUCAGUCUGCACUUCCUGAUGAAUCAUUUGCUUCAAGAUAUAUUUCACAGUAUUUUGGCUCAGAAUCGGCAUCUCUGAUGACCAAAAUUUCCCAAUCCUCUGGCUCUGUCAAUGAGUCAAUUCAAGUGGAAAAGGAUAUGGAGGAAGCGCAGAUAAAACCAAAUAUUGGAAUCUGCCUUAGUGAUUUGAAGCUUGUGCUUGGACCAGAGUUGAAGAUAGUUUAUCCUUGGAUUCUUAAUUUUGCUGUUAGUGGAGAGCUUGAGUUGAAUGGUCUUGCCCAUCCCAAAUGUAUAAAACCUAGAGGCAUACUAGCAUUUGAGAAUGGCGAAGUUGAUCUAGUUGCAACCCAGGUGAGGUUAAAGCGGGAGCAUCUCAAUAUUGCAAGGUUUGAGCCUGACUAUGGACUGGAUCCAAUGCUUGAUUUAACCUUGGUUGGAUUUGAGAGGCAAUAUCGAAUUCAACGUCGAGCUAGCAAUUGGCAGGACUUCGUAGAACAGGAUACAUUGUCACCAAUUGAGGUUGCCAGAAGACUUGAUAGUCAGUUAGCAGAAUCCAUUUUGGAAAGCAAUGGUCAACUUGCAUUUGAAAAGCUUGCAACUGCUACUCUUGAAAAACUAAUGCCACGAAUAGAAGGGAAGGGAGAGUUUGGCCAGGCUAGGUGGAAGGUGGUGUACGCUCCUCAGAUUCCUAGUUUGGUUUCAGCUGGUGCUAUAGUAGAUCCUUUCACGUUACUUGCUGCCAAUUUGUCAUUUGGUACAGACGUCGAAGUCCAGCUUGGGAAACGUCUUCAGGCAAGAAUUGUUAGGCAAAUGAAGGAGUCACAGAUGGCAAUGGAAUGGGCCUUGACCUAUCAACUUACAAAUCGUUUGCAUCUGUGCCUGAAGUAUGGCUCAUCCAAAUGCAUACUUUUUGAAUAUUCUGCUACAUCCCAGGAUUAACUAACAUCUUCACCUUCCUUAGGAAAACUAAUUUUACCUUGGUCAAUGCAGCUUAAACACAUUCCCAUUAUCUUACCUCAUGUUUUUUUAUCAAAGGGAGGGAAUUUUGGGUGUACUUCUUGUAUAUGUAGAAAUAGUGAAGAUGCAUAUUAUUCUUUUGCUCAGAUUGAGCUUGUUAAUAGGGUAUAUGCUAAACUCAUUAAUGCCCCCUCCUUUGUAUUGUAUACAACUUCAACAUCAAUGAGAAAAAAAAAAAGUAUAGCACAAUUAGAGUGGAGGAUUCAAUGUAAGAGGGGUUUGUUUCACCCGGCCUCUGAAGUCAGAACCAUCGAACCCUCUUGUUAGAGAUGCAAUAAUACAAGUAUAAG